AUGUUUUCCGGAAAAAAGCUCACGUUUCUUCAUUUCAUUGAUAUUUCCGUUCGUGAGCGCUUACGGUACCUCCAUUGUAGUAUCCGUUCACCAAGUCCUAUAAUUCACAAUUCUCCUCAUAGAACAUACAUGUUCCCAGUUAGAGGAUUAUGUAAUAAACUCUACGAGAAGCGGAAAUCGACCGCUUAUGAAGUUGAACAACUUAUUCGUAUUAAGCUUGAAGACGAAGAUGAGGAAGGCAUUAACGAAGUAAUUCGCCAGCUUUCGAAUGAUUUUAUUUAUUCACCUUCUCGGAGUACUUAUGCUGCAUUUGGCGGUUUGAUUGGAUUAGCGGCAGUGGGAAUUGCUCUCGGGUUUAAAAUAGCAACAUUUCUAGAGUCGAUUUUAUUACCUGUCUUAUAUUGCCUUAAUGACACGGACUCUAAGAUUCGUUAUUAUGCCUGUGAGAGUCUGUACAAUAUCGGAAAAGUUGCCAAAGGCGAGCUUUUUCGUUUUUUCAAUCCCAUUUUUGAUGCUCUUUCGAAACUCUCCGCUGACCAAGAACUAACAGUUAAAAAUGGAGCUGAGCUAUUAGAUCGCCUGAUUAAGGACAUUGUUUUGCAGCAAGCUGCAACGUACAUAUCUUGUGUUGAUGAUCAGUCUUCCACACAUACUUAUGAACCGCCCGUAUCAGAAGUUCAAGAUGUUCCUGUACUGGGCAGAGAACCUACCAGAUCAGGAACUUUUUCUAUUGCAUCAGUCAUUCCUUUGUUUGCGGAGAGAAUUUAUGUACUCAACCCUAAUACACGCAUGUUCCUUGUUUCGUGGAUUCAACUGCUGGACAGUAUUCCAGAUCUGGAAUUUAUUACUUAUGUGCCAACCCUAUUAGAUGGUUUGCUAAACUAUUUGAAUGAUCCAAAUGAGGGAGUGCGAGUCGCAACUUCCAACUGCUUGGCAAACUUUUUAGCUGAAAUUCAAAAGGUCGCCAAAGUGAAGUAUUACUUUUUCGAAAAAGAUGAAGAGCGGAAACCAAACUAUUUUGAGGAUUUAAAGAAGAAAGUUUUGUUGGAGAGCAUGUCGCCAGAACUCAUAGAAUAUGUGGAAAACUCAAUCAGAGAAGGUUCCUAUAUACUUGAAGCGCAUGUAGAGGUAAACUACCACAAAAUCUUAACUGUGCUGCUCGAGCGACUGAAAUCCGGUGUUCCUCUUAUCCAAAUUACUGUUCUUUCCUGGAUGUCCGAAUUGUUACGCAUCUCUCCUCAGGAUUUCAUCACACUCAUUCCAGACAUUUUGCGCGAGGUUUUUCCUUUGUUCUCAAGCGUAGGGAAUGUCGCACAACUUGCUAGAGAUUUAGCACAGAAUCUUGCCGGAUUUUGCACAAAGAUACUCGAUCUCGAAGUCAGUGAUCCAAAAGCGUUGGGACCCGAGGUCGAUCGCAUUGAUUUGGACGCUGUGAUAGACGUCUUGAAGGAAUUGCUGACGAACGAGAAUGAAGAAACCCGUGUAAAAUCUUUAGAAUGGAUUAUAAUGUUCAAGAAGAAGGCCAAUGGAAAAAUUAUUGACGUAGACGACCCUGCAUUUAAAGCCUUUCUCCGCCGACUUAGUGAUUCCAGUGAUUUGGUUGUAUCAAAGAAUCUCGAGUUGCUUUCACACAUCGCAAUAUCUCAGAAAGGUGCUAAUCUGAAACAUUUUCUUAAAAGCCUUCUGUCUAUGUUUGCGGAAGACCGCGAGUUUCUGGAUAAUCGGAGUGCUUUCAUAAUCCGACAACUUUGCGUGAACAUAAACGGUGAAAAGGUUUAUCGUGGUUUUGCUGAAAUUCUCGAAAAAGAAGAGGAUCAAUCUUUCUUCGUAUGCUUAUAUCGCGCAUGGUGCCACAAUCCUGUAGCACUUUUUUCUUUAUGCCUUAUUGCUCAAGCAUAUGAGCUUGCAGCUAAUCUAUUAACCGUGUUUGGUGAAAUCGAAAUGAAUAUGCAAAUUCUAAUUCAACUUGACAAGCUGAUUCAACUCAUUGAGUCUCCGGUAUUUACGAGUAUGAGAUUACAACUGCUGGAACCGGACCGGUAUCCCAGUUUAAUUAAAGCACUGUAUGGCGUGCUCAUGUUAUUGCCUCAAUCAAGUGCUUUUCGUACACUUCGGGAACGGUUGCAAUGCGUAUUUCCCUUACGGUCGGGCAUGUCCAUCUCAAAAGACCGUUUCAAUCGUGGAAACCGAGAUGAUCAGAAUUCUAUUGAGCUGCUGGAAUGCUUCAGACAUACACAGAACAAACAUCAAAUCACUAUCCGGGAGAAAAACAAAGGUAGACUUGCUCUUCCUGUUGCUCUUACUCCCAAUCCUACUGCAACGACAACAUCUACGCCUACCUCUGCAUCAGGCAUCACGACAAAUACAGCGCCUGUCUCAUCUAUCUUUGCAAACCUUGCUCCUGUUGGAGGUUCCGCAGUGGGCCGCAAGAAAAAACUGUGA